UCUUUAAAUCCCUCGCAGUGACGUAGUCGUGACGUGUCUCCACGCUCUGGUUUCCUCUUCCUUCCGUUGUCAGUCCGUAAGAUUUACUGAGGUUUCAUUUACACCGUAAAGAAGCGUGUUUUCCGGAGCGGGGCCACCAUGGGCAUCAAAUUCCUGGAAGUGAUCAAGCCGUUCUGUGCGAUCCUGCCAGAGAUCCAGAAACCGGAGAGAAAGAUCCAGUUCAGAGAAAAAGUAUUAUGGACUGCCAUAACGCUCUUCAUCUUCUUAGUGUGCUGUCAGAUUCCUCUCUUCGGCAUCAUGUCGUCGGAUUCUGCAGAUCCAUUUUACUGGAUGAGAGUCAUCCUGGCCUCAAACAGAGGAACUCUGAUGGAGCUGGGUAUCUCGCCUAUCGUGACCUCUGGCCUGAUCAUGCAGCUGCUUGCUGGAGCUAAACUCAUCGAAGUGGGAGACACCCCAAAAGACAGAGCUCUCUUCAACGGAGCUCAGAAACUGUUUGGAAUGAUCAUCACCAUCGGCCAGGCGAUCGUGUACGUGAUGACCGGCAUGUACGGAGAUCCGUCAGAGAUGGGAGCAGGGAUCUGCCUGCUCAUCAUCAUUCAGCUCUUCGUGGCCGGACUCAUCGUGCUGCUGCUGGACGAGCUGCUCCAGAAGGGCUAUGGGCUGGGGUCAGGAAUCUCUCUCUUCAUCGCCACCAACAUUUGUGAAACCAUCGUCUGGAAGGCUUUCAGUCCCACCACAGUCAAUACUGGAAGAGGCACCGAGUUUGAGGGCGCCAUCAUCGCGCUCUUCCACCUGCUGGCCACCAGGACCGACAAAGUGCGAGCUCUGAGGGAAGCCUUCUACAGGCAGAACCUGCCCAACCUCAUGAACCUCAUCGCCACCAUUUUUGUUUUUGCUGUAGUCAUAUACUUUCAGGGAUUCAGGGUGGAUUUACCCAUCAAGUCGGCUCGCUACCGCGGCCAAUACAACACCUACCCCAUCAAGCUGUUCUACACCUCCAACAUCCCCAUCAUCCUGCAGUCCGCUCUGGUUUCUAACCUGUAUGUCAUCUCUCAGAUGCUCUCCACGCGCUUCAGCGGCAAUUUUCUGGUGAAUCUGCUGGGAACGUGGUCUGACUCCACCUCCGGCGGCCCGGCCCGAGCUUAUCCCAUCGGCGGGCUCUGUUACUACUUCUCUCCCCCCGAGUCUUUCGGCUCCGUUCUAGAAGAUCCCAUCCACGCCGUCAUCUACAUAUUCUUCAUGCUCGGCUCCUGUGCCUUCUUCUCCAAGACUUGGAUUGAAGUGUCUGGAUCGUCGGCCAAAGACGUGGCGAAGCAGCUGAAGGAGCAACAGAUGGUGAUGAGGGGACACCGAGAAACCUCCAUGAUCCAUGAGCUCAACAGGUACAUCCCCACCGCGGCAGCCUUUGGCGGCCUGUGCAUCGGCGGUUUGUCGGUGAUGGCGGACUUCCUGGGAGCCAUCGGCUCCGGCACCGGCAUCCUGCUGGCCGUCACCAUCAUCUACCAGUACUUUGAAAUCUUCGUCAAAGAGCAGAGUGAAGUGGGCAGCUUGGGCGGCAUGUUCUUCUAGAGCUGGCCCCGCCCCCUACCUUCUUCUUCAGGCGUCCUUCGUGCUGAGAGCCCCCUGCCUCUCUGACUCUGCAGCUUUAGGAGAUUUAAGGAAACUUCAACGCUUGGUUCUGGUGGGAUUCUAGAAGUUGCUGAAACUUGAUCCCUCCAAACCCUGUUUUGCAACUUUUCCAUGCGAGUCCAGAUCUCAAGACCAACUUCCUGUGAAAUCUUCAGACUGACUGAGGGCUUCAGUAUGCGGCCGUACUCCAUUUGUAAACCAGUCAACUGCUUGCUGUUUGGACCAGACGCUGACUCGGGUCACCCGUGACUCGUGGAACUGGUCCGGGUCUGAGCAGAACAUUCGGGCUCAUAUUGGGCUCCAGCUUUACAAUGAAAGUCUGAGCUGUCAUUCAUGUAACGUGUUCGUCAUUCCCAGGAAUCUACAGUAUUAAUUCUCUGAUCUCUUUCACUCGUUACCCACAAACUAUUUUUUAUGUUUCAAAAGUGUCAGCUGAACUUCUGUUAGACCUUUUUUUUUAAGUUUUCAGUUCAGGCGUCCAAUGACUUUUGAAUUUGUACGAAGUGUAAAAUAAAGAACUUGAAGAUGUUCUAAUAAAUGCAUUUCAGAACAAACUUGUUUUAAACAUUUUAAUGGAAAAAAUGUUUGUGGAUAAUAAUCUCAAUUAAAAGUAUAUUUUUGGGGAAAGACUCA